AUGGAAGAAGGUAAAGAUUCUACUGUAAUAAGCAGGACAAGCCAAUCUAGGGUUCUGCCUCAGAGGCUACUUCAAUUGCUUGUACUUUUUCUGGUUUUGUGUUUUGUCUUCUCUGUAAUUAGUGUGUAUACAAUUAGGCGUUUUGGAGUCACUAGUUUUGUGCCUUCUUUACAACCCUGCAUUCAAGAAGUGAAUAAUUUAGAGCAUUGGAUCAAGCCCCCAUUGAAUUUGAUGCACACAAUGAGUGAUGAGGAGUUGUUUUGGAGGGCUUCAUUGACGCCCCGGAUAAAGAAUUAUCCAUUUGAGAGGAUCCCUAAGAUUGCCUUUAUGUUCUUGACUAAAGGGCCAUUGCCAUUAGCACCUCUUUGGGAGAGGUUUUUUAAGGGGCACGAGGGGCUGUAUUCGAUCUACAUGCAUUCGUCGCCGUCGUUUCAGGCUGAAUUUCCAUCCUCGUCGGUUUUCUACAGGAGACAAAUACCAAGUCAGGUCGCAGAAUGGGGAAAGAUGAGCAUGUGUGAUGCUGAGAGACGACUUAUUGCUAAUGCCUUGCUCGAUAUUUCCAACGAAUGGUUUGUUCUUCUUUCUGAAUCGUGCAUUCCUCUGUACAACUUCAGCACCGUGUACAACUAUAUAAAGCAAUCCAAAUAUAGCUUUCUUGGUGCAUUUGAUGAUCUGGGACCUCAUGGGAGAGGACGCUACAGUGAGAAAAUGUUACCCGAAGUUAACAUCAGCCAGUGGCGGAAGGGAUCUCAGUGGUUUGAAAUCAACAGAAAUCUUGCUCUAUUUAUUGUAGAAGACACGAAAUACUAUCCAAAAUUUGCUGAAUUCUGCAAGCCAGCAUGUUAUGUGGACGAACACUAUUUUCCAACUAUGUUAACAGUUGAAGCCGGAAAACAUCUGGCAAAUAGAAGUAUCACUUGGGUGGACUGGUCGAGGGGCGGAGCUCACCCAGGCACAUUUGGAAGAGUAGAUAUUACAGAAGAAUUCAUGAAGAGAAUUUUUGUAGGUCACAACUGCUCGUAUAAUGAUCAGCAAUCGUCUAAUUGUUAUCUUUUUGCGAGGAAAUUUGCUCCGAGUGCCUUGGAACCGUUGUUCUUGUUAGCCCCCAAGUACUUAGGUUUUUAA